UCCGAGACGGAAGCGGAAGUGGCGCCGAAGUUCAGCAAAGCAAAAUGGCGAGCCAAGAGGAGGCUGUGCGAGACUUUAUCAACGUUACCGGGGUCGACGAGGAAAGGGCCCGCUUUUUCUUAGAGUCCACCAGUUGGAACUUACAACUUGCUCUUGGUAAUUUCUUUGAGGAUGGCCCUGAGGAUGAUGACAUUGUGACUCUGCCUCAACCUGAAGUAGGAUCCUCCGUGUCCAGGUCCACCGGCCCGAGCUCUCAGCACAGAGUGACGUCCUUCAGAGACUUAAUGCACGAGGCUGAAGACGAAAGCGACGAGGAAGAAGGUCAAAGGUUCUUUGCGGGGGGAUCAGAGCGCAGUGGGCAGCAAAUUGUGGGGCCUCCCAAAAAGAAGAGUCCCAAUGACGUGGUGGAGGAUCUGUUUAAAGGGGCCAAGGAACACGGAGCCGUGCCUCUGGACCGCAGUGGAGGGGGCUCGGGUGAAUCCAGCAAAGCCAAAGCCUUUGAUGGAGGAGGAUACCGACUGGGAGCAGCCCCUGAGGAGGAGUCUGCAUAUGUUUCUAGCGGGAGACGCAAUGCCAACGCACAACAGGACGUUCACGUGGUGCUGAAGCUAUGGAAGUCAGGCUUCAGUCUGGAUGAAGGCGAGCUCAGAAACUACAGUGAUCCUGGCAAUGCUCACUUCCUUGAAGCCAUACGCAGAGGAGAGAUUCCCCUAGAGCUCAGGCAGCGUUCUCGGGGGGGUCAGGUGAACCUGGACAUGGAGGACCACAGAGACGAGGACUUCAGCAAACCCAGAAUGGCCUUUAAAGCCUUUGGAGGAGAAGGACAGAAACUAGGAUGUGCCACCCCACACUUGGUGGCAGCUCCCGCCUCCCAGCUGGACCAGGCAGCCGACGAAGCCCAGGCCAACGCGGGCGUUAACUUGGACACCUCACAGCCCGUCACAAGUAUUCAAAUACGACUGGCGGACGGCGGCAGACUGGUUCAGAAGUUCAACCAUACCCACAGGGUGUCCGACCUGCGGCAGUUCUUGGUGGCGGCGCGGCCCGCCAUGGCCGCCCGGGAGUUCGUCCUGAUGACCACUUUUCCCAGCAAAGAGCUGUCAGACGAGAGCGAGACGCUGCAGCAGGCCAACCUCCUCAACGCCGUCAUCGUGCAGCGGCUACAAUGAGGACAGACGCUAGAGACCACGCCCACCUAACCCCCCCGCCCACCCUCUGUAACCUGCUGCCCCCGCCUGAUGAGGAGUCAUGGACUUGUGUUUGGACUUCUUCAUUUCUGAUUUAUUAUGUAAAAUGCAAUGAAUUGCUCCUCUAUCACCAUCACUGCAGCAGUCUUGUAAUCUUCAUUUGGACCAUCAUCCUCAUAUUUCUCAUUUUGUCUACAGCACAAAAAGUCAUCAAUGCUCUAAAUUCUACGUUGUUUUCUGGAACAAUCCCAACAGGUCCCCAUUCCAGAACCACAGUUGGUCCAUCUAAAGAUGUUUUUUAGAUUUCAAUCCUGGUCUCCUGUUUUCACUAGGAUGAUCCCAUCUUAGAUUUAUACAGGUUGUUGUUGAUGAUGAAUGGCGAACAAGAACAUCUGCUUUGUAGCUGUGGAAGGCGGACAUCGUCUAUGCAUCCUGGGGCCUCAUGGGAUACGUUUGGACCGCCGAGGGAAUAAAUCAACUUUAUGGUCAAUAUAUAAAGAGGUCAGGGUCUUAUUGUCUUCUCCGUAUUAUUAAUAGCAAAUAAUGGCAAAUAUUUAGAACUAAUGCGUGAUUUAUAGACAGAAACACAGUCCUCUAUUUACUUGCUGUUUAAAAAAGUGCCUUACUACCACCUACAGGACUGGGGUUUAACUACUCAAGUAUUAUUAACUGUGACAAAUGUGGUAUUAUUCUUUCCUGCCUGAUAACGACUUUGUUUCUUCUGGAAAGUCUUCCUCUUGAGCAUAGAAACAGAGCAACAGUGUAACAUUCAUCAUUCUUGUUGCGACACUACAGUAAUCGCGCAACAACAGGCGGAGAGAAGUCGGUGUUACGCGUCACACUUUACUGCCUGACGCACAGGCACACUCCCACCUCUCAAAUAUUAAACAUUUUGUCACUGCAAAAACUUUUUGAUUGCAGGUGGGAGCGCCUGCCAGUCUGCAGUGUGCCUUAGCACCACCUACAGGC